GGCACAGUGGAUCAGCUGCGAGAAAACACCACACCAGGACUUGUGGGGAACCAAAGCCUGAAGAAGCAGCCAGAGGUUUCCCACCUGCAGCGGUUGGCAGAGACCAAGGUGGCGUUUCAUCCAUGGGGCAGAAAUUCUCGGAGAACGUGUCCUCGUUCCUCUUCGAAUAUGACACGCCAAGGAUGGUUUUGGUGCGGAACAAGAAGGUGGGGCUCACCUUCAGGCUGAUACAGCUGGUGGUCCUUGCCUACAUCAUUGGGUGGGUUUUCCUUUACGAGAAAGGCUACCAGUCCAAGGAUGGCAUCAUCAGCUCCGUCUCCGUGAAGCUCAAAGGAUUAACCCUGACAAAUAACAGUGAGAUUGGCCCACAUAUAUGGGACGUGGCCGAUUAUGUUUUCCCUCCUCAGGGCGACAGUUCCUUUGUGGUUAUGACCAACUUCAUUAUCACCCGUGGACAGAAGCAGGAAACAUGCCCUGAGCAUCCUGAAGCAGGGAAAUGUGACCAAGACAGCGAAUGCACGGCCGGAAAGUUCCUUCGUCAGGGCCAAGGUAUCAUGACCGGGAAGUGUGUGAAUUUUAGCCACACAGAGAAAACCUGCGAGAUCUUUGGGUGGUGUCCGGUGGAGAUCGAUGACAAAGUUCCUAACCCCCCUCUGCUUCUGGCAGCUGAAAACUUCACCUUGUUUAUCAAAAACAGCAUCACCUUCCCCAAGUUCAAAGUUGCCAGACGUAACCUUGUGGAGCGAGUCACCAAGGGCUACCUGAGGAACUGUACCUACCACAAAGACAGAGACCCCCUGUGUCCAGUGUUUGAGCUGGGGUACGUGGUGGAAGAAUCCGGGCAGAAGUUUUCGGUUCUUGCCCUUAAGGGGGGCGUCGUUGGCAUCACUAUCUCAUGGGACUGUGACCUCGACUGGUCUGUGAGGCACUGUGUGCCCGUUUACCGGUUUCAUGGGCUUUACAAUGACGACAACAACAUCUCUCCAGGGUUCAACUUCAGGUACGCCAAAUAUUACAGAGAAAACGGAAGAGACCUAAGAACCCUGUACAAGGUGUUUGGCAUCCGAUUUGACAUUCUGGUGAAUGGGAAGGCAGGAAAAUUUGACAUUAUUCCAACGAUGACAACCAUAGGCUCUGGGAUUGGCAUCUUUGGAGUGGCCUCUGUACUUUGUGAUCUCCUUCUGCUCAACUUCCUAUCCAACCGGGACUACUACAAGCAGAAGAAGUUCAAGUAUGCAGAACAGGAUCCCAUCAAACCUGAAAAAGAAGAUGCCGUCAUGUGCGACUUACAUGCGAAGGAAAAGGUCAUUCAAUGAAAUUGUAAGUGGCUAUGAAAAAAC